UGUAACCUAGUCUUCUUUUGGGUGAACUAAAUUUUCCAAAUAUCCAAUACAUUUACAGGUUAUGGAGGACAACCCUGAUGAGAACAAUGUCCAAGAAAAACAUCCAUCACAGUCUACAUCUCUUCUGGAUCAUAAUACUGCUACUAAUGCAUCAGUGACUGAACAGCAUUCUUCAUCAGAAGACAGUGAUGAACAAGAUAUGUGCAUACCAAGGUUAAGGAGGACCAAAAGUGUCUUUAUGAAAGACUUAAUUCCUGAUGCUUCAGAUGAGCUCUUUGAUUCUACUCCAGACAGUGGAGAGGAAUAUGUCCCAAACUCCAAAGAUGACAGUGAUGAGAGCAGUUCAGAGAGUAGCAUGAUCGUUAAACCUUUAAAUUUGUGUCGGUCAGACACAGACCCUGUUCCUCCCAGCAGUUCUGUCCCUGAUAGCACCACCCCAAAUGUCAUGGACAAAAGCAGUCAUGAGACCAUGGAAGUAACUGAUCAUUCUCAAGUUAGAGACAGUGAUGUAGCUUGCAUCAGUCCAACAAAUGUUCAGAAAAAUGCAAGAGUAGUUGUAAAUUCAGUCAAAAGAAAACAUGAUGGUGGUAGGGUAUACAAUAAGAAACACUAUUGUCUGUUUUGCUUCAAACUUUAUAACAAGAUGGCAAGACAUUUGGAAUAUGUGCAUUCCACUGAAAAAGAAGUAGCUGAAGGUUGCCAGCUUCCAAAGAAAUUCUAUGCAAAGUUUUUUAAUGAUCUUCGACACAGAGGCAACUAUGCACACAAUGCAGCUGUAAUGAAGUCAGGUGAAGGAGAACUGGUUCCGUACAGACAACCACAAAAUCAAACAGAAGGCACUGAAUUUAUGCAUUGUGCAUAUUGCCAAGGGCUGUUUACCCGGAAGGUUCUCUGGAGGCAUAUGAAAAGCUGUAAAUUGAGCACUAAAGAUAAAAUCUCAAGACCUGGAAAAAAUCGUGUCCAAGCUCUCUGUUCAUAUGCGCACAACCUGUAUCUUCAAACAUAAGCAAAGCAUUAUGGAAUACAGUAAGCCACAUGAAUCUAGAUGAAAUCACAGCUGCUGUCAAAAAUGACUGCUGCAUCAUUCAGGUGGGAGAACACUUGCUGAACAAAGGUGGAAUAUCUGCUAAGAAUGAGGCAUAUGUCCGACAGAAGUUGCGAGAGCUGGGAAGGUUACUGGUCAGUGGCAGCAAAGUUGCAUCUUUGAAAAGAAUGGAAGAUUUCCUAGAUCCACAGAACUAUAUGAAGACAGUUAAAGCUGUUAGACAUGCAUGUGGAUAUGAUUAUCAAACCAACACAUACAGAACACCUUCACUUGCAAAAAAACAUGGAAUAAGCCUAAUGAAGCUUAGUAAGCUUACAAAAGCUAAAGCUUUGAUUAACAAGGAUGUUGACUUGGCACAGAAAGUCACUGGAUUUCAAGAUGUGCAUAAGGAACGGUGGUGUGAUUUGAUCUCUGCAACAGCUGCACGAAAUAUAGAAGAAUUAAAGUGGAAUGCACCUACUGUGUUGCCAUUUACAAAGGACGUGCAAAAGCUUCACACCUUCCUUGACAAAACACAAGAUGAAUGCGUCAAGCAGUUAUCAUCAGUGUCUUCUACAAAAUACUGGUCCGAACUUGCCAAAACCAUUUUAACUCAAAUCAUCCUGUUCAACCGCCGCAGAGAGGGAGAGGUAUCAAGUAUGCCUUUAUCUGCAUUUUUAACCAGGGACACCUCUGAUCCACAUGCUGAUGUAGACUGGGCAUUGUCUGAAGUUGAGAAGAAACUGUGCAGACAUUUCUCAAGAAUUGUCAUCAGGGGAAAAAGAGGACGUCCAGUUCCUGUUCUACUGACACCAAAAAUGCUGGGUGCAUUGGAGUUGCUCGUAAAGAACAGGGAGACUUGUGGAGUGCUAAAGGAAAAUGUUUAUCUUUUUGCUCGGCCAACAGCAAUGUCGCAUUACAGAGGCUCGGACUGCAUCCGUAACUUUGCCAAGCAUUGUGGUGCAGAUAGUCCAUAUGCACUUACAUCCACAAAAUUACGAAAACAGGCAGCAACUCUUUCUACAGUCCUAAAUCUGAGGGACACGGACUUGGAUCAGUUAGCAAACUUUCUUGGACAUGAUAUCCGAAUUCAUCGGGAAUACUAUCGCCUUCCUGAAAAGACCCUACAGCUUGCAAAAGUCAGCAAAGUGCUUAUGGCGUUAGAACAAGGAAGAGUUGGGCAGUUUAAGGGCAAGAAUUUGGAUGAGAUCACUAUUGAUCCAAAUGAGGAAAUGGAGUUAAACAGUGAUGAAAUAAUGAGUGAGGAAGGUGAGAAAUGCGAAGAACAUGAAGACACUCAAGCGGAUGUCAGGGUGCCACCAGUGGACACUGAAAUCGUGCACACCGUGGAGAUGAAUUCUCUUCAAAGGUCUUCUAAAGGUAAAACUUCUACUCUGAAAAAGAGGAAGGCUUGGGAAGUAAACGAGGUCACCGCAGUGGAGAGACAUAUGAAGACUUUCAUCAUGUCAUGCCGUGUCCCAGGGAAGUUGGCCUGUCAAAACUGCAUUACAGCUGUGCCUUUAGCUCUUAAAGAUAGAGACUGGCAAAGUGUCAAAUUCUAUGUCUACAAUCGCAUUGUAGCUUAUAAGAGAGAUCUAAACAAGAAUGAUUAGAUAAGAUGGAUAAUGGCACUUUGGUACUUUUUCUAGUUCUUCUUUAAGUUAUGUUCCAUCUCUAGGCUAUCACUUUAAUGAACCAGUCAGCAUUUAUUUCAUAAUAAACUAACCAGGAGCAGAUCAAGUAUUUCAAUAUUUAUAAGAACCCUUACCUACACAUUGAUACUGCAUCCAAUCAAAUUUUAUUUUGGCCACCUCCUUCCAUUUUACUGCCACUGCCUUUUGUUUGGGCAAUAAAAGCUCCAAUGUGCUGCCCAUUUAUUUGUUUAGCCUAGCUAGCUUGGCAAAUGUUGUUAAAUUGUUAGCUGCCACUUUUUAGAGUAGUUUAGGUAGAUAAAUAAAGAUUAAGGCCAUAUUCAUGUUUUGGAAAAAAUCCUUUCAUUUGUGUAUACUAAGUAAUGUGCAGUAUGCAAGGUUUGAGGUGAUUGUAAGGGUCAAAAUUUUUAUUUUGGUUGCUGAAAGUUUUUGAUCCAAAUACUUGAAUGCAAUUUAUUUGUAAUUAGUUAAUUAUGAAGUAAAUGCUAGUCAGGCCUAGCCAGUUAUAGAAUGUUCAGUGCUUGUUAUAGUAUGUUAUAGCGAAUACUCAUUUACUUUUGGAUGUUGAUGUAAGUGUAAAUAAGAGUUGUGCUUUUAACAGCUUUGUAUUACACUAAAUAUGAGAGUGUUUAUUCAUAGUACAUGUGAGCUUUUAGUAAAUUUAAUGAGACUUUCUGUUGACUUUGGCAGUAAAGAAGCUCAAGACUCAAGUUGUCUGUUAUGUUAAAUAAACAGGGCUUUUCCUGACAAGGGCUUUUUUUGACUGACAGUGUUUUUACUUCAGUAAAGAGUUCCAGAUCAAUAUGCAAAUAGCUCAAGCAGCUGAAAUAGAAGAUGCAUCUAUCAGUUGUAACUUGCCAAAAUGACUGGGAAAAAUUUUGAUAUUCUUUGGCAAAUCAGUAAGGUUCAGUACCUCAUGCAUGUGUCCUUUCUGUUCCUCAAAAAUAUCUGGUGAAGGAAAGGGGUGACGACUUGAGAUUAUAGCUUUGAAAUCUGUAAUAGCCAUGGUACCUCCUUCCAUAAAAGGUUCCUUGGUAUCUAAAGGUUUUCAUUUAAUGAAAAAGGGAAGCUCCAGAAAAAAUGAGUCUGUAAUCUAUAUUGUGUUGAUGCAUAUUUGUGUAAAAGAGAUUAAUUGCCAUUUUGAGUAUGCAAUUAGUGACGUUUUGGUUAACAGUCCUUGAUGUAAAUAAUUCUUCAAACUCAUGAGGUGCUUAAAUCGACAAAUAGAGAAAAUACAAGUCAUCUGUUCUUUACAUGUAGUGUUACACAUCCUUGGUUUGUAAUUUUUCAUAAGGUAGUUAAGUUAAAUACUCAACUUGUUUUUAUUAAGCCAUGUCCCCUUGAUGUUAUAAAUGACCUGAUGUGUGUGUAUGCAAAUUAGAGACGUUUAGUGAUGUCCCCACUACAACA